AUGGCCUAUAGGGCCAAAAACUUAGCUGUGGAAUCUGUCUUAGGAGAGCACAAGAAGCAGUAUCCCAGGUUAAGGGACUAUGCAGCAACCAUAAUGCAGACAAACCCUGGAAGUAGGGUUGUAGUUACAACUCUAGUUCCUAAAGCAACCAAAAAAAUACCACAUCCAGGGCCAAGGUUUCAUGCAAUGUUUUUCUGCUUAAAUGGAGCAAGGGAGGGAUUUCUCAAUGGAUGCAGACCUUUCAUUGGUGUUGAUGGAUGCUUUAUUAAGCUGACCACAUGUGCACAGAUCCUUGCUGCCACUGGCAGAGAUGGCAAUAACAACAUUUAUCCAAUUGCAUUUGCCAUUGUUGGUCAGGAGGAUACAGCAAAUUGGUGCUGGUUUCUGCACCAACUCAAGAUAUGUCUAGGAGGAGAAGUUGGCCAAUUUGAUCCUUAUACUAUCAUGUCAGAUAGACAGAAGGGGGAAGAUCUAAAGAAAUGCAUGGAUAAUGCCAGUUAUGCUUACAAUGAAUAUAAGUUUAAUAUUGCUAUGAAUGAUUUGAGAAAUGAGUGUGAGGAUGCUUGGAUCUGGCUUAAUGCAAUUCCUAAGAAAACAUGGGCAAGGCAUGCUUUUGACACUAACUGCAAGAUAGAUUUGGUUGUUAACAACCUACCUGAGGUGUUCAACAAGUAUAUCCUUGAUUUUAGGAAAAAGCCUAUUAGGACUAUGGUUGAUGGUAUUAAGGACAAGCAAAUGGUGAGGUGGCAUGAGAAAAGAGAGAGAGGAAAGGCAGCUUUCUGGGAGAUCACACCACACUAUGCUGAGAAGCUAGAGCUGGAAAAGGAGAGGGCUAGAUACUGCAAACCCAUUCAAGCUGGUGUUAAUUUAUGGCAAGUGACCAGUGGGCAGCAAACACACCCUGUGAACUUGGAUAAUCAUACAUGUGGUUGCAGAAAAUGGGACCUCAGUGGCCUACCAUGCAACCAUGCAAUUUCAGCAAUUAACAAGGCCAAGAGGUUUCCAGAGGACUUUGUUUGUAAAUUCUUCAGAAAACCAUUUUAUGUGGCAGCAUAUGAACCUAUGAUCUUUCCUGUUCCUGGUGAACAUGACUGGAUAAGGACACCUGGACCAGACAUAGAGCCACCAGAAUUUCAUGUUAGGAGAGGAAGAAAGCAAGAGAAGAGGAUCAAGGGCAAGUUUGAAGUGCCAAAGCCAAAGGACAGCAGUAGAAUGGCCACAAUAACAUGCUCUAACUGUGGUCUCCAAGGCCAUAGAUACACCAACUGCCUGAAACAAUUGAAACCAGAUUUGGCUAUGAGGAAAAACAAGCAUGUGACCAAGAGGUCACAGCAGCAACCUACACCUGCAAGAUCACAGCCCCCACCUGCAAGAUCACAGCAGCAGCCUCCACCUGCAAGAUCCCAGCAGCAGCCUCCACCUGCAAGAUCCCAGCAGCAGCCUCCACCUGCAAGAUCCCAGCUUGCACCAAGAUCACAGCCUCCACCCGCAAGGACUGGUGCAAGCUCUGGAGCAAGGUCUGGUGCAAGGACUGGUGCAAGAUCUGGAGCAAGGUCUGGUGCAAGUUCACAGCCAUCAACUAGUGGUGCAAGGCCAUUCACUGCCCCAAGAUAUGCAACUCCUUCUACAUCUUCUGCCCCAAGAAGUCACACUGGUUGGAUGACCUGGUUUUCUCCUAGUGGUAACAGAUGA